AUGAAAACAACCGGGAAAGACCUGAGAAAACCCCCUUGUUUCUUCUACUCCUCAUUUACCCCCAAAAACGUGGUGGAGAAGCCCGACACUCACCUUUCUCCAUCUCCGGCCAACCUCCGACUGCCCGAUCGGCAUCCACAUCCGGCCACAGUGCAAAACGGUGAGUGCCGUUGGCGUCGAUCGGUGGUGACGGUGAGUACAGCUGGCGUCACCCGGUGGUGCCGGUGGGUGCGAUCGACUGGUGGCGACGGGCUGUUGGCGUCGGCCGAUGGUGCCGGUGAGUGGGAGGGAUCUUCACGGUUGCGUAAAUAUUGGGGAAAACUUGGAGUUCAAACGGAUACACCCAAAUUCCAAAACCCAGUAAACAGUUUUUGUUCAAGAAACAGAUAUUCUAGAGUAGCUAAAAAUAGUGUGAAUUGGAGCAGUUAUGGAGGAAGAAGAAAAAAUUCUGGCAGGAUCAGAGUAGCAUCUCAGGAUUCAGUAUCAAAUCGAGACAUUGCUGAUGAUUAUUAUGCUGUGUUGGGCCUACUUCAAGAUGCCACACCUGAGCAAAUAAAAAAAGCCUAUUAUAAUUGCAUGAAAGCUUGCCAUCCAGACCUGAGUGGCAAUGAUCCAGAAACCACAAAUUUUUGCAUGUUCAUUAAUGAGGUUUAUGAGGUUCUCAGUGAUCCUGUGCAGAGAAUGGUUUAUGAUGAAAUUCAUGGAUAUGCUUUGACUGCAAUUAAUCCUUUCUUGGAUGAUUCCAGCCCAAAGGAUCAUGUAUUUGUUGAUGAGUUUAGCUGCAUAGGCUGCAAGAAUUGUGCCAAUGUUUGCCCAGAUGUAUUUGGCAUUGAGGAAGACUUUGGAAGAGCUAGAGUUUAUAGCCAGUCUGGAAAAUCUGAAUCAGUUCAACAAGCAGUUGAAAGCUGCCCAGUGGAUUGCAUUCAUUGGACUUCUGCUGCUCAGCUGUCGUUGCUUGAAGACGAAAUGCGUAGGGUAGAAAGAGUAAACGUUGCCUUGAUGCUCUCAGGAAUGGGGUCAUCAGGUGUGGAUGUCUUCCGCAUGGCAAGCUCUAGAUGGGAAAAGAGACAACUCAAAGUCUUGGAACAAGCUAAAACGAGGAUGACGAAGCAGAAAGAUUCUGAUAUAACUCAAUCAUAUUGGAACAACCUUUGGGGCAAACCCAAAGACCGUGAAAAUCCAGAGAAAGAAGUGAAAGAGAGGGCACGACGAGCUGCAGCAGCUGCUCGAAGAUGGAGGGAGUAUUCUCGACGGGGAGCUGACAAACCUCCCACCUUCAAACUUCCUGAGGCAGCCUCUAUAAGGAACAGUGAGCGGUAA